UACGCCCUCCCCCAGCGCGCAGCCGCCUACCUGCCUCACGCGUCCCAGUUGCGACUUUCCCGACCAGCUCUUCCGUGACCCCGCAUCCCAGUUCCAGCUGCAGAUGACGGCACAGCCUGAAGCCGGGAAAGGAACCUGUAUCCCGCCUGGCUCGCCUUUGCCCAGUGCGGCCCAGUGAGGUUCUCGCCCGCCUUUCCGGCCUCACCUGCCCCUCUCCUGCCUGCCCCCCGUGGACCCUCCGCCACCCCGCCAUGGCCCAGAAGCCGAAGGUAGACCCCCACGUCGGACGGCUGGGAUACCUGCAGGCGCUGGUCACGGAAUUCCAGGAGACGGAGAGCCAAGACGCCAAGGAGCAAGUCCUGGCCAACCUCGCCAACUUCGCCUAUGACCCCAGCAACUACCAGUAUCUGCGACAGCUGCAGGUCCUGGAUUUGUUCCUCGAUUCGCUGUCGGAAGAGAAUGAGACCCUGGUGGAGUUUGCUAUUGGAGGCCUAUGCAACCUGUGCUCAGACAGGGCCAACAAGGAGCACAUCCUGCAGACAGGGGGUGUCCCGCUCAUCAUCAACUGCCUGUCCAGUCCCAACGAGGAGACUGUGCUGUCCGCUGUCACCACGAUCAUGUACCUGUGCUCACCAGGCCCCGGCUCCCACCCCGAGCUGACUGCCAUGCCUGUGGUCCAGUGCAUGCUGCGCUUCUCCCUCUCGACCAACACAAGGCUCCGGAACCUGGCCCAGAUCUUCCUGGAAGACUUCUGUUCCCCGAGCCAGGUGGCCGAAGCCCGCCGCUGGCCGGCUCACUCUGCCCUGGGUAUCCCACUGCCAAGGACUGAGGCCCCACAACAGCCCUGAUCCAAGGAGACCUCAGGCCACAGUUCUCUUACUUCCAGAGGCGAGACAAAUCUUGGUGAGGCUUAGGAAGCAGGAGCGUAGCUCCCACUGAGCACAGCUCCCACUGAGCACACCCUCUCCAAAUGGUGCCUUUGAGCUAUUUUGAAGGUGAGUUUUCUCAGCUGACAGGUAUUGACGCUGUGAUGAAAGGCAUUAGAUGAGUUGAGGAAGACAGACUUUGAGACACAUGGAGAAGGAAAUUGAAGGUGUUGCCAUUUUCACAGGCUGGCACGCUCAACCAAGGGAAGGCAAAGGUCCUGCCUCCUUGUCCACCCCACUGCCAGACUCACCCUCAUGUAAGCAGCCUCCUGGUGCCCAGAUCCACGGGCUUUUGCAGAAGGUGGUUCUCCUGCCCGCAGCUGGGCCUGGGGCUUAGGAAAACUGCCCGAGCUUGAGGACGUAGGCACAAUCCCUCCACAGAAGUGUCUGGAGUAAUUUUGAGGAAUAGGAAUGAGAAGCCUCAUUGUUAAAACUAUCUCGAGGCUCUGGGAAGCUGGGUAUCUGCCCCACACGCUCUGCAGGCUGGGCAUUAAGCAUGGUGGAUGCUGGCCCAGAGAACUCUGUGGCCCAGGACUAACCAUGUAUCCACACAGGCCUGUCUGCCAGGCACGAUGUGAGGGCUUCACAGGUGAAGAAGUGGUCCCUGCUCUUGAGUGACACAGCCCAAUGACUAUUAAUGUGGCCAUCGGGCACUAAGACCAAGGCCAUACGGGUGAUGACAUCAGAAUACAGGCACGACCCCUUGGAGCUGGCGUCUUUCCCCCACACCCCCAUAGUCCUCGCCUGAAAGCCCUCAGGGUUCAGUGAGGGGAGUCCUUGCCCCUGGAAAUGUCUCGGGCUCAGGAGGCUGUCAGGGAUGCGAGUAAGAGGGGGUGCUCAGGGAGACAGUGGACCAGAUACCGAUAUGAGCUGUGUGGCUCGUAGUCCACGGUGCAUGCUGGUCAGCACAGGGGAAGGGGUGUGGGACACCCAUGGAAGGCUGGGGUUCAGGAACAAUAGGAGUCCUGGUCAUCUACUCCCUUACAUGACCAAGGAAAGGCAGAUGCGAGAGGAAUGGCAUCCAGGUGGGUGUGGAGGUGGGGCAGGUCCUGGGGCCUCUGGAGAUGGAGGAAGGGGAAGUCCUCUUCAUCAGCCUCCAUUCCAACCGCAGCCCUAGGGCUUCUGCCCCUCUACUUUCCCAAAUAAAGGACCUGACAAGAACGGUGAGCC